AUGAGCCGUACACCAGAUGCAAGAGCAAGGUAAGAGAGAGAGAGAGAGAGUCUGCGUGUUAAACUAACUCCUAACGUUUGUUGCGAGGGAGCUGUUGCCUGUAAAUUAGCGUCAGCUUUAUCGAAAGGACCAGCAAAACAUUUGGGAUUAGGGGUCAUGAUAUCUUCAAUAAAACACAGUUUUUCGGGGUUUUUUAUUCUCUUCAAGUGUAAGUGCAUUUAUGUUAUUUCCCGCAAAAUUCAGUCUCUAGGCGCAGAUGAUGAACCACGAUAAGGACCAUCAACUGGUGUUUACUAUCCAUGGUCAGAGCUAGCCGCUUAAUUCGAUUGUUUGGCUCGUCCAAAUAAAGAGCAAAUGGCGAGACAUUUUUGCUAACUCUUUCUUUUAGAAAGUACUGGACGUUAACAACUCUCACACACACACACUCAUUCCAGCUAGUGAUAAUAAAGAGGGUUUUUCUUUCUUUCCUUUUUACCACUUGUUUCUUUUUCUGCAUCGAAAUCUACAUUAAAGGGAUAUUCCGGCGUAGAAUUAAUUUAGGGUCAAAAACACCAUAACACAGAGUUAGACACCCCCUCGAGGGAUAAACGUCACCAACUGCUUGCUUCUCUAGUUUAGUAACGACCGCACGAUAGCAAUACACAGCGGUCUGAGGAGCCAUAAACAAACCUCAACCAAAACGCCACUCUAUAGUCACAAAUAAUGCUCAGAACAGCACCUAACUUCAUCAACAGAACAUAUAGGGUCCCCGCCAUAGCACUAGCCACCAAACAUCUUUUUAGCUUUGCCUGAUUUCUUUAGCAAAGAGACUAAACACAACUCACCUACUCUCUUCCAGCAACCACUUGUUUGUAGCGAGACCUCAGGCCAGUCCAUUACGGGCUGCAGCGGGGUGACGCAGCUCAAGAAAGAACAUUUAUGAUCAUUUCUUUAUCAUUUCCUUGAAGUAAUAAUCAUCAUAUUAAUCAUUUUGUACUGCAGACGUGGUAGUUCUUCUGCCUUAGUCUCUUGGUGUGAUUGCAUUUCCAUGAAGAAAUGACAACAUUCAUCUCUUGAGGGGGUGUCUAACUCGGUGUUACAGUGUGUUUGACCCUAACUUAAUUUUAUGCCGGAAUAUCCCUUUAAUUUGUGGCUUUAGCAUACACUAAUCCUACUUUAGUGAAUUUUCUCAAGACAGCCUAUAAUGUGGCUCAGUAGAGUGUAUGGCCUCCACAUCAAUCAAAUUCAAUCAAUCAAACACAUUUUAUUUAUAUAGCGCCAAUUCACAACAGUCGUCAUCCCAAGAUGCUUUUCAGAGAACAAGAGCAGGUCUAGCACUGGAUCAGGGCAUCAAUCUGCUCUUGGACAGUCUGUGGUUCGAAAGGCGAUUGUAGAUGAUGUCACAGAGGUGCUCGAUUUGAUUCAGGCCUAAGGAAUAGUCAAAAUAUCAAUGCCUUCAUCUUUCAAGAACUGCUGACACACUUCAGUCACAUGUGGUCAUGCAUUUAAUGCACCAGAAGGAACCCAGCACAAGCAUAUGGUCUGAAAAUGAGCCUGAGGAUCUCAACCCAGUACCUAAUAGCACUCAAGGUACCACUGGAUGGCAUGUGGAGGUCUGUGAGGCCCUCUAAGGAUAGGCCUCCCCAAACCAAUCACUGAUCCACCGCAAAGCCUGUCAUGGUGGUGGAUGUUGCAGGCAGCAGAACGUUCGCCACAGCAUCUUACUCUCUCAUGUUUGUCACAUGUGCUCAGAGUGAACCUGCUCUCAUCUGUCAUUAUUUGUGUUCUCGGGCAAAUGCCAAUCAGACUGCAGAGUGCUGGGCUGUGAGCCCAGGCCCCACUCGUGGACAUUGGGCCCUCAUGCCACCCUCACAUGCAGUCUGUUUCUGGCAGUUUGGUUAGAACCAAACAUACAAGUGGCUCCUCCUGUUUCUUCUUGGACAAAGUAGCAGAGAGAAGUCCUGCUGUUGGGUUGUUGCCCUCCUUUCUGGUCAUGGAUCUGUCAUCCUAGAGGAGCUGCAAUACCUGAACAACUUCUGUGGACUGCAGAUACUGCCUCAUGCUACCACCAGUAAUGAGGGCACUGGAAAAAGGCAAGACUAGCAGAAAAUCAGCCAGAAAGGAUGUGGAGGGAGGAAUGGUCUGUGGCCACCACCUGUAAAACCACUCCUGACUGACUGCUAUUUGCAUUACAGCAGGUGAAAUUGAUUCACAGUCAUUAAAGCUUCCUAGACAGGUCGAUAUCCUGGAAGCUUGACUGACUUGGAGUUACAGUGUGAUGAUAAUGUGGUACCUUUAUUUUUUUUGAGCAAUGUGUUUAUAUUCUAUGCAUCAAACUACUAGAUGUUUUUCUGCCAAUGUGGAGCCCUUCACAGUGGUACGGAAACUUAAAAUUGCCAUGACUGAAAGCAAAAUGCAAAAUAACGUUUUGCAUAAACACACAUGGGUGACUUUUGUACUUUCAUUCCCCUUGUCCUUAUUUGAUCACUGCUGUUCUCCAGCCUUGUGCUUAAAUAGACUUACUUACUGCUAUACAUGUUAUUUUUUUUUUUGUCUUUCUGCACAUAGAAUUGACAUGUCUUACUAAUUUCUUCUUUGUCUUCAUGUUUAUUUUUUACAUUAUUAUUAUACUCAUUGUUGGAGCAGCUGUAACCCACAUUUCCCUCUGAGGAUUGAUAAGUAUUUCUUAUACUGAUUCUGAUUUUCAGGGACAACCAGACAAAAAAGAUCCAGGAAAACAUCACCAAUGUGGAGAAACAUUUUGGAGAGAUGUGCCAACUGUUUGCCGCCUAUACUCGUAAAACAGCGCGGCUACGAGAUAAAGCUGAUCUCCUAGUACGGGAAAUCGGUGCAUAUGCAGACACAGAAACACCAAACCUGAAAAAGGGAAUGAAGCAGUUUGCAGACCACCUUGCUAAGAUUGAGGACUACCGGAACGCUGAAGUAAGACUGCAGUAUUUUAUUUUCCGCUGCUUUAAUCUCAGUAACAACUGCAGAGAUACACGACGUGACAUUAAUUUUUUUUCCUCACAGGUGGAAAGACUAGAAACCAAAGUCGUGCAGCCCUUAAAAAGCUACGGAGCUGUAGUGAAACGUAAAAGGGUGAGUGCUGACUUGUGCUGCUGCUAUUAUGUUGUUAACACACAUCUACAUUUUCAAAGUCACAAAAACUAAAAGCAUUUUUGAAUGCAUGUAGUACAUCAAAGUACUGAUAUUUCCCACGUAAUCUUGCUCGAGCCAAAGCACUUUGAAAAAAGGGAAGGUGUUUAAUUUUCCAUCAAGCCUUCUGUUGUCUUUUGUUUUACAUUCACACUGCAGCCCUUUGUCACGACACAUUCCCAUACAUAAUGUUUCUACUCAAAUGCAGCCAGCAAUAAUGAGCAAGAAAAAUGAGAGAAGAAACCAAUGGUUCUCAAGUUUAGUCCUUGAGGCCCACUGUCCUUCAUGUUUUGGAUGUUUCCCUGCUCCAACACACCUGAUUCAAAUGAUCAGCUCGUUAUCAAGCUCUGUAACGGCUUAAUAACGAGCUGAUCAUUUGAAUCAGGUGUGUUAGAGCAGGGAAACAUCCAAAACAUGCAGGACAGUGGGGCCUCGAGGACUGGACUGGAGAACCACUGCUCUAAACCAUUUCACUGCAGUUGUGAUCAAGCCACACGAGGGCACUAUUGGCAUAAGGAUGACAUUAAACCAGCACAUCAGUUAGUCUCAUUGCAGUAAUAAAAACCUCCCUCACAGGCAAGUCCAGUCUGCAUCAUGACCAAAUAACUCAAGAUUUCUGCUGUUAUCUUGUCAUCCACAGCUAAAAAGUACAUUCAGAAAAGAACCAGGUUUUUCUUGUCUUUUAAAUGAAAAGACGCUCUCACAAAACAAAAGCUUUUAGGCCAUGUUUAAGUUAACUUUUUGCCCUGUGGCUCAUUUACUUAUCCCAUCAAUACAGUUAAACACCGAUAAUUUCAGGUUUUUUAUUUCCCUGAAUAAGCAGCCUUCGGCAAUUUACAUUUCUGUCAUGUUUUUUCUGCACUAAAACAUGAUUCACUUCUGUUUUCUCUCAUUUCUGUUUCAUUGGUGGUAGUUUCAGGGAAAAAAAAACUAAAAUUUGGAAUCAAUCCGAAAACACUAAGCUGCAGCAAAUGUUUGUCAAAUCAAAAUCAUUGAUUAUUUGACCCACUUUUAUUGUUUAUAAAGACAACUGUGUUUUUUUUUUUCAUCUUUGAAUAUCUAUGCAGGAGGAUCUGAAGACAACUCAGAGUGCCAGAGACAGAGAGGCCAAACAGAUGGCCCAGCUUGAGAGGACCAGACAGAGAAACCCCUCGGAUAGGCAGAUUAUUGUAUCCUUGUCUCGUGUCCCAAACUUCCUCCUAUCAAACAGAAAUCAAUUUUGUAUACAUCUUCAACAUGAGUAAAUCAUCAGCAUCUGCUUUUAACGGAGGGUUGUCCAAUCAUGUGUGCCUGCUUAUAGUUUUCAGUUACACCAGGAUCCACCUGCAAUCAUAGAAUAUCUUUUUUAUAAUCCUUUCUCCUUGACUCAGCCUUCAGUCUCAGGUGUGCCCCACUUUACUUGUGCAUCUCAUCACUGGUGAUGUGUCACAAAAAAACAGGAAACUGUGGUCUGAAAGUGUGACAAUACAAGCUGGAUGGAUAUAGAACGAAAGUAGACGAUAGUUUCACUUUAUCAGGUGGAAAACACAUCAUGGAUUGACCAGUUACUCACUCUGGAACCUUUUAGAAGAUGUUUGCCACUGCCAGAAUAGUUGUACACAAGCCAAAGUGGUUGCAGAGAGUGCUUCUCUGUUUAGUUGAUGAUUUCACGCACAUGAUUCAAGUAUCCAAAUGUAGUAUGGAUAGUAUAACCUCUGUUUUAGGGUAUGUUGUAGUUGGAGUGCAAGAAUCUAUAUUCUGAUUGUACAAAGUGACACUGUUGACUCAUGCUGUCUGAAAAAACUUCAGUUGCAUCCUUUUAUGCGGUAAGUUGUGUACUCAUUCAUUCUCCCCUCAGGCUGAGAGUGAGCUCCAGAGAGCCACCAUGGACGCCACACGGACUACAAGGCAGCUGGAGGAGACCAUAGAUAAGUUCGAGAUGCAGAAGAUCCGGGACCUCAAGGUCUGGAGCUCUGAGCUCUCCGCUGAUUUCAAAAGAAAAACAGUUCAGUGGUUAGAAAUACAUGUCAGUCGAUGCAGAUGCAGUGGGUGGCAGUAAAAUGAAACCAGACAGUGAUGGUUUGGACUUUUGACAGCUGCCCACAUCUCUUUAUCCUCCUUCAGUUGUUUAAAACGAUUCACAUUUUGUCAUUUCAGAACUCUUUUUCGUUUGUUGUGGUAACGGCUAUGAUUCAUUCAAGACUGAUAUAUUAUUCUGGACUUUCCCUCUAUAGAAGAUCUUCGGGGAGUUUGUGACAGUGGAGAUGGCGUUUCAUGCCAAGGCUUUGGAGGUGUACACGUUGGCCUUCCAGAGCAUUCAAAGUGUGGAUGAAGAAGAGGACUUGGAGGUAGAGCGAUUCGUCACUUUCCGUUUAUAAAAGCCUUGUUGUUACAGUUUGCUGUCGCAUUCUUCUGUCUGUUUAGAAAAGCCGAAAAAUUUCACUAAUUAAGUAACUAAUUAACUGAACAAUCAAGAGAAAGUUAAUGAGCUGUUGGUUUUGUCCAGUUGGCGAAACGUGGAGAGGUUAAGUCCUCGCUCCAGAGCAUUUCUAUUCCAAUCUCUCUUCAGUCCUAAAAUUGGCAAAAAAAAAUCUUCAAAAAGAAAAAGUUGCAAAACAUUUUGAUUAUUUUUCCAUUAUUUCAGCAGUUAUUAAUCAAAUAGUCAAAAUUUUUUCUGGUUCAAGCCUGGACUUGUUGCCUUUUUAUACAGUUUCUGUCAAAAUUCCUUCAAUUUGAACUUUUGAUUUGACAGAGGUUGCUAUGUUGGCUCUUGAAUAUCUCAAUGAGACAUUUCAUAGACUAAUAAGUACUGCAUAAGAAGUAGAGUUGAAAGAAUAGUCAAUAAAAAUGUGUAACCUGUAGUAACUGACGGGACACUGAGGGCCUCUUACUGGAGGGUCAGUCUUGGUGCACAUCUUCAAUAUUGUACUAGAUCUAAAUCUGUCUCCAUUAGCGCUGUAUUCUGUGCAAUAUGAAACCAGUCUGAUCCAUCGUGACCUUAUGCACCCUUUACUCACUGACUCAUACGCACUCUCUAGUCUGCACCCUCUAACUGAUGUGGUAACUUUGAAGUAAGCUGAGGUGAAUUAACUCCAUUCAGAGUCACGCUGGGCCCUUGUUUCUGUUUACUUUUUGGUUGAAGUUGUUUGCCGAACUAUUUAGGAGACAAAGCCUGUUUUGAAAAACACAAUGGAUCAAUGAUAUUUGAGCAGGCGAGGUUCCUCCUGUAGAUGCCCUUGUGCUAUUUUCCUCCAUCUCUCACCAUCUCAUCUGUGUGUUUUUGCACUGAAUCAUCCUGCUUCCAUUCAUAUUGAAGCGAAACUCCUCACCCAGACGGGGCUGUUUUUCAAUGACUCAUAGAACAAAGCAUGGGAGAUUGAAUCAUCUGAAAAGAUGCACAAUGACAGGCAUGAAGAUAAUCCUGAUCAGGAGCGCUUGCGGAAUUUAUUUUCUACUCAGUGAAAACCAUCAGUGAGUUUUAAAACGCGGGUUGUUUGUAUUAUUGGAGGCAUUCCUUCUGAGCAGUAGUUGAUUUGCUGGAUAUUCCAGGCCCUAAAGUAUUCAAGCCGAGCGUUUUUGCUCCACUUUACAGCAGUUAUAUAUGAGCUCUACAUAUUUCAAUAUGUCUCUAAACUAUGUAAAGCUGUGUCACAACCUUAACUCAAUUUUUGUCUACAUUUGUUGCCUCUUUACAGUUCCAGAUCAUUUUCAUCUUGCAUGAUUCUACGUCCAAACAUGAAGAUUACAGAAGGGUGUGUGUGUAGGCAUAGCUGUGAUUCUCCUGUUUCUCUUUAGAAAAAUAUUGCGCCCACUGUCUUUGGCAGGUGUUCAGAAGCUUGCUGCACCCCCCUGACUACCAACCACGCUUAGACAUAGUGCGAGCUAAUUCCAAAACAUCCCUGGAUCGAACCGGCUCCUUCCUGAGUACAUCAGGGACCUUACAGGUAAGAAACGGACGGUAUGGAUUGUCUCAUGCAAAGAUUAGAUCACUUUCUUGCUGAUUUACCGUCAUUGUGUUAUUUUUACGUUUAAUUUUGUGGAUGCAAAAAUUCCCCUGUGAUAGUGAAGUGGAAAGAUUCCUGUUUUCUUUUUUUGGAAUCCUUCCUCAUACCAAAAAUUCAGCUGAUGCUCCAUAACUCUGAGUCAGUCAGUUUUAACGUCCACACGUGUCUUUGCAUAUCAGUGACAUCUCAGCAGUGCGUCUGUACUAACUUGUUUACCUUGUAAAAAGGCCUAAACAGCUAGUCAUCAGCCUCUCAGACAUAAAAAAGCUGUCUCCUCUCCUUUAUAUCUUUUAUCUACAGAUGUCCAGAUUACAGCUCGCAGUGGCGCACAGUAGUGUGACAAUAUCUGCGGAAAAAUGCUGUAAAUAAAUAACAUACUUGCAUACUGAGGACAACCAGCAUUCAAAAGAAAAAUGUGACAUUCUGUUCUUAGAUUGAAUAAAUGCUAUGGUACAAGCUUUGCUGUCUUGGCACAUUUAUGCUCAUAUUGUAUUUACACGUAGAACUGGGGGAACUUUGUGUGCGUUCAUACCGGGGUGUGUUCUCUGCCCGUAAUCACAACCCUCGUUAAAAGAGAAAUGUUCACUGAGCGGAAGUGCCAAUUGCACUUAAUGACAACCUGCUAAGUGUUGUAGUUGCGUAGUGACUGUUUAUUUGUUGUCACAGCAACAAAGAACCGGCAGCCGCCAGACGAGGAGAGAGGAGGAGGAGGAAGAGGAUGAAGAGGAGGAGGAGGAUGAAUCUGAAGAGGAGGAUGAAGAGGAGGACACGGAUGAAGACAGUUAA